AUGCAGCGGGGCAUCUAUGGGCCCUGGGCUCCAGUGCACGGGUACGCCGUCGGAAUGGCGCCCGUGCGGGCCAACGUCGGCAGGCAGUACCAGGUGUUCGGCGGAGAGCGUUUCAUGGCCCAGCAAUACUACGGGUACGGGUACAAGGAAGGAGCGUACGGCGCAGGUAGCAGCAACGGAGGAGCCGCCAUUGGCGACGAGGAGAGCUCGUCCAACAGCGUGCCGGCGCCGGGGGAUGGCACGGGGGAGCCAGAGCCAGAGCCAGCAGCAGAAGAAUCGCAGGACAAGCCCGUCCAAUCUGGCUAGCCGCGUGGGCGGCGCGCGUUAGCUUCUGCGUCCUGUGUACUGUAAUAAUUUGCCGUGUCGAUCCGGCCAUGGUUUGUGUGUGCGUAGUGCUUACCUAAUGUGGGCUUGUCCUCUAGUAAUUCAUGUACUGCUUAUCUAAUGUGGGCUUGUCCUCUAGUAAUUCAUGUACUCUUUGCAAUUGAAGUUAUCGUCGCUUAAUUUGGUUUUGCUUAA